AAAGACGGAAUCAAAAGUAGUCACGAUAUUUUAAACCACAUUUCCCAGAAGUCCCCCUAGUGGAUCGGCGAACACGGAAGAGGGGUCUUGUACAGUUAAGCUGAGCUCCAGUGGUAGACGAGCGGCUCCAGUUCUUGAGGUCAGCCCGUAACGGAGACAUUCAGAUCCUGCUGCCAGCGCUGUACCUCCUCCUCUGACCUGAGACCCCGAGCACAACAUCUCCCACACAGACAUGGCCACUCUGCGGUUCGGACAGCACGUGAUCAAGGUCUCCGCCGUGUUCCUGCAGACGGAGCUCUCCUUCGCGCUGGUCAACAGGAAGCCUGUGGUGCCUGGUCAUGUGUUGGUGUGUCCUCUGAGGCCGGUGGAACGCUUCAGGGACCUCCUCCCAGAAGAGGUGGCCGACCUGUUCAGCACCACACAGAGAGUGGCCUCGCUGGUGGAAAGGCACUUCAACGCCUCCUCGCUGACCAUCUCCAUCCAGGACGGCCCUGAAGCCGGCCAAACUGUGAAGCACGUGCACGUCCAUAUCCUCCCGCGGAAGGUUGGCGACUUUGAGCGGAACGACAGCGUCUACGAUGAGUUGCAGAAGCACGAUCGGGAGGAAGAGGACAUGCCUUCAAAGUGGAGGACAGAAGAGGAGAUGGCUGCAGAGGCUUCGGAUCUGAGCAACCAGCUCCACUAACGUAGACCCAAACACAUUUCACACCAAGAAUUGAGAUAGGCAAUGAGCCCAUCUCUGCGUUGUCCAUUCUUUUGACAUAUGCAUUUGUUUCUGUUUGGAAAUAUAAGUUCAGCUUGAUGAGUCUGUUCCUCAGCCAUUGGAAGAUGUGCUUCUUUCUUCUGCUUAAGUAUAAACUGCUUUGAUCUAGUGAAUUCAUUCAGCUACAAUUUGAAUUUCUGAUGUAUUGUUGACCUUACGUCAAUACGCUUGACAUCCAAUAAAAAAGAACAAAAACAAGAAAUAAAACGGUAAAGAAUAUCAAGUCUGGUUUAUUAUAUAUAUCUAUAUAUAAUAAUAAUAAUACAUUUAAUUUAGAGGCGCCUUUCAAGACACCCAAGGUCACCUUGUAUGACCGUAUAUAUACCGUCAUCAUGAAUAUCCAUGUUUUAUCCAAUUAUUGUCUCAAAUCUAUUCAAACAUCCAUGCUUUAUUUUUAAUAAUAUAUUAUAAUAAUUGAUUUAAAAAUAUUGAAAUAAAUACUGGUCUGUUCACAUUUAUAUGUUAAACUUGAGUCAAUUGAAUAAGAAAUCCAUAAUUAUAGCUGCAAAUCUUUGGGAUUGUGGAGCAACCUUGAUGUGAGGCAGCAUUAGAUGUCCAACCGCUUCAGAUGCCCGCUAGGUUUGGGAGUGCGUGAGAAGGACACACAGCGGAAGAACAAGGGGACAUGUGUUGGAUAAAUAGGAGCAGCUGCUCUAGAGUCUGCAAAAUUAGGAAGAGAAUCCGUUGUGAUGAGCACUGCCUGACAGACUGUAACGCUUUAAUCAUCCACUAUAGAGACGUUUGAGAUGUUUAUGCCAAAUGAUGGCAAAGAUAUAUAAUUAUUUAUUCUUUUACAUUUUGUACCAAGGAGGGCAAUAAUAUUGAAAUACUUAUUUGUUGUUGCUUCAAAUGCUCUGUUAACAUGUUACGAGGGUGGAUGUAUGACAAUAGCACUUGAUUGAUUCUUUGAGUCUAAUGGUAAUAGCUCACUUCAGAUAUCUAUCCAACGUACAGUUUUUCUCUGCUCGGUUAUUUAUUGCACUGCGCUGAUUGUUCAACCUCACUGCUGAGUCACUUCAGAUAAAUCUAACCCUAACCCAUUUAUUAUAUAUAUCCGCUCCACUUCUAAGAUGCCAUGUUUUGUGUCUUUGUUUGUGCAGAACGUAGCACAAGUCUAGCACUGGAGAAGAACGUGUGAUCGCUAAAGGAGUUCUGUGCUAAUCUUGCUGUAAGAGGCACCCCUGCAUCUUAAAACAAGAUUACUAAGCAUGAGAGGUUCCUAAAGGGCAAUCAUUCAUCUCUUGGCAUGAAAUCUAUCAGAUGUGGGGCUUGUGCAAUAAUGGAUAACAGCACUGAGAUGUUAAAACCAUAGCUUCGUUUCAAAGAGCAAGGCCCUAUUCAAAUGAGAGAUUGCUUUACCAUGCAUGCUAAAGUGUGCACAAACGAGUCAUCGCAAGUAAUUGAUGGUAAUGUGAACAAAUUAGUGUCUCUAGAUUUCACAGUAGGAUAUCAUUACAAUAUAUUAGAAUUAAUGGGUAUUGUAGUAUAAAGCUGAGGUAAAUAGCAUGUUCUCUGGACUGGAAUUGUAAUUAAAACACAGGUCUAGAUUGUAUUAAAUGGUCACCCCUGUAGCAUUCAUAAGAUAAUGAAGAUGGUUUAAUUGUCAUGCAAUAGAUUUUUCUUCCAACUAUGGACUGUUAAGACUUCUGCCAAGUUGCAUUGCAUAAUUUGUUGGUACUCCUUCCGUACUCCGUCAGUACUCCAUGUUAUCUCCGUUGGUGCUCCGUCAAUACUCUGUCAGUACUCCGUCCGCCGUCCUCUGUCGACUACUGUCGGUAUUCUGUACUCAGUCGGUACUCGUUCGGUUCUCUAAACUGCAUUGCGCCGUGAUGGUUCACAUGUAUCCUAACCUCAUAUUCCGUCUAACGGUUCUACGGUCUCUUCCUCAACGUGGGUUUGGUGGUGAUUGAAUGUUAACCCUGAUCCUGAGUAACCAGACCGGGUCCAAAUGAGCCUGGCCCUACGAACUAGAUCAGACAGCACAGUCUUCUUAGUCCUGAUCAGCCCUAAUGAGUAUUAUGUUAAAUAAUAUAUUAUUUUACAUAAAUUAUAUAUUAGAAUACAAAAGCAAUAAUUCAAAAGUUGAGACAGGAACAAUUUUGCAUCUUUAUGUCUGUCGUUAAAUAUGUUUUUAGCAUGCUACUCAAUGUGCUCCGGUCAGAAUGUAUAGUGAUUGGAUGAAAAGAAUACUUUAGCUUAUGUCUGGUGACUAAAGUAAGUCAAAUGCGUGUUCUGUUUAAAUGUUCUUACAUCCCAAAUGACUCCCACAGGAAAAAAGCCCAGUUACCGUGUAUUUUAAUCGCUGAUAAUAAUCAAAAUAAUUCAAGCCGUACCUUGGUAGCCAUUUCCUAAUGAACAGCCAAGCACCUCAGAAACUCUUCAGUGCAAGAAAUGUAUAGCAUUUUCACAAAAGUAUUUGAUUUAAAUUAAAGAAAGUAAGAACUGAUUACAGAAGAUAGCAAGUAGGGGAAACCUUUGAAUUCCCAAGUAUAUCUUCAAAGCUGCCUGAAAUUAAUUAAAACUGCAUUCACUUAGUCUACGUUCCGAGCGGUCUAAAGGGGGCCUUACACCACUUAUCUACCCACUAAUGCCAGAGCGAUGAUGCAAGUAGUUCCGGCAUGUGAGGAAGUCCUGGGAGCGCAGAGGAAAGAUGCUUUCACACCGUGGAGACCAAAGAAGACUCAGAUAUGGGCCACUUCUGACAAGCUAACUAGACAAUGCUGUUUAGAUGACACAUACAACUCCUACACUGCCCUCCUGUGAAGGCUGUAAGUGCUGCAUUGUCUUAACACAAAGCACUGGUGGAAUGACUCCAGCUCUCAAAUGCACUUAAGAAACAUUCCGCCUUCUGACACAUCUAUUCAACUGUUUUUGUUUAACAAAAUUCUGCUCUUUGUACAGAACUUUUUAGUAGUUUAGUUUAUUGAUCUACUUUAUUUUAAGUAUAUUUUGUGUGAAGGCAAACUAAGAAUUUCCUUGCCCAGUGCAAACUAUGUUCCCAUUGUGUGUAUGACAAUAAACGAUCUUGUAUCUUGUAUCUCUUGGAUCUGAUUUAUUUUCUUCUUUCCGUGUUUCAAGAGGUAAAUUAGAAGAAAGCCAUGUAGCGAUCGGCUGCAGCGUCACAAUAUAGGAAAGUACAGCAUAAGCUGACUGCCCUCACUGUUACAGUAAGUCAUCUUUGUUCUUACCAUGGAGUCCUGGAGACUCUCCUGGUUACAUUUAAAUUGGUGGAGAUAAUGGUUAAGUUUCACGAGAAGGCAAAAGUGUGUAGCUCAAAACCUGACACAGCUUUUACUUCUCCGCCACCUACAGAGCUUGUUAUGUACGAUCAUUCAAAAAACCAAUGUUAUUGGGGAUCCAUUGGAGCAUCUAAAACCCAAAGCCAUCAUACUGGAGGCUUCCAGGUUCUCUGUUCAUCCACAUAGGCCACAUGUAGGGCCAAUGUGAAGCGAACAGCCCUGCUUAUCACAUAGCUGCUGUCAUUAAUAGAAUGUAUCUCAUAUCCUAAUGUGUGAAGGAAGCAUUCCCCCCCCAGAUAGCAUUGCAUAAUAGCCUGCGAUUACGUGCCAUUAGGAGGAGCUGCAUCCUAAAUUGAGUCCCAGGCUUCUCUGCCCCAGAGGUGAUCUAGGGGCCGCUCCCUGCUUUGAUUUUUUUUGCAGCGUAAACUAAAUUGACAUUUUAAGCAUUCGUUAUUUUGCAGACAAAUUUGAGUCUAUGAACUCUUUCUCUGAACUCUUUCUUCCUUUAUUAAAGCUAGUGAGCGUCUAAUCUGACACAUUAAAUCCUCCAUCCUCCAAGAAGUGCUGAGCUAACCUAAACUCU